AUGACUUUGCAAAUGAUAAAAAAACAUUAUACGUUUGUCGUUUUCAUCAUUAUCAUCGUUUGUCGAUUGAUUAUAGCAAUAGAAAAUGGAGGAGAAUUUUUUAUACAAAAAUGUUGCGGAGAAAACGAAUUGAUUUUAGAAAAAACGAGCGAAUGCGUCGAAUAUAAUUUAUUAAAAAUGGAAAAUCAUGUUUAUCGUCACGAUAAUGAUACCGAAAGAGAUGUCGUUGAAUUUAAUUCUGGCGAAUACGGUAAAGAUUCUCGUCCGUGGUGGUUUCCACCGAAUAAAAAAAUAUUAUCGAAAAAAAAUAAUUCGACUUUGAAAAAUUUUCCUGAAAACGUACGAGUUAGUUUUGGUAAAGGACAACCCUGCGACAUAUUGGAAACAGUUUUCCUUCCAAUUUUUUUAAGUCAGUGCGAUUUUUACGAAGAUGGAAGUUUAAUAGUGUAUCCAAAUCAAUCCCAUGGAUUUUACACUCACAAAACCGAAAUAUUAUUCGAUCCGAAAUCUUAUUGCAUCGACAGAUUAGACCUGAGAACGGAUUAUCCCGAAGAAGAAACUGAAAAUCCCACUUUGGAUUUCACGGAUACCGUUGAUUAUUUGAUUAUGCUUUGCCCGUGUAGGGAAGCAACGUGCAUACUCAAAUGUUGUCCUCCCGGAAUGCUCAUCGACAUUGAAAACAUUCAAGAUCGGGAAAAUGCAUGCGUGAGAAAUCAACCAGAAGAAGAAGAUUGGACGCCCAAUUACACGAAAGUACACAGUGAUUCCAGAGAUUAUUUUUUACUUCAUAGAUUUCCCGUUUGUAAACCGGGAGAGGGUACCGUUAUACCCAAUCAAUUUAAAAUCGAUGGACACACAAUAUAUUCAAACGGAUCCGCGCAUAUAUACGGUGAAAAACAUAUGAAUCAACCUUUGGAAUUUUGUGGAGAAAAUUUUAUUAGCGGAAGUCGGGAAGAUCGAAGAGUUUAUAAUCAUUUAAUAAGGUGUUAUCCGGAAGUGGGUAUAAAAAAUCGCAAAUCGGAAAUUCGUCGAAUGUUAUAUGGAAGCCUAUUUGUCAUCGGUGCCAUUUUUCUUUUUCUAACACUUCUCGUUCAUGGAUUAUUACCACCGAGGAGUAACAUUAACGACAAAAAUUUAAUAUCCCAAACAUGGAGUUUAUUUAUUGGAUAUGUUAGCGUUGCCAUUUCCCAGUUGGGAAUGAAUAGAAUAUCUCAAAAUUUAUGCAUAUUUUUGGGAUUUUUGAUACAAUAUUCUUUCUUAGCUGCAUUUUUCUGGUUAAACAUACUUUGUUUUGAUAUUUCUUGGACUUUUAGCGAAUUACGGAUUGUAAGAGGGAUUCCAAACAACAGAUCACAUCGUAAAUUUAUUUACUAUUCAAUAUACUGUUGGUUGUCACCUGCAAUAAUUUCAAUAUUAACUGCUUCUAUUGAAUUUUUACCUAAUGUUCCAGAUUAUAUAAUAAAACCACAAAUAAAAGAAAGAUGCUGGUUUAGAAAUGAUUCUAUGGCAAUUGUCGCUUAUUUUUAUGGUCCCAUUGCUGUUUUGUUAAGUUUAAAUGUAUUGUUAUUCAUACACACUCUUUAUAGAAUAUAUCAAGCUCAAAGAGAUAUACAAACAGUUAUAAAAAAUAAUAAUCCUGAAAAACAAAGAUUUAUUUUGUAUAUUAAAUUAUUAUUAUUGAUGGGAUUACCAUGGAUAGCCGAAUUGAUAUCUUGGGUUGUUGGAGGACCCAGUUAUUAUUGGUAUUUAACAGAUAUAAUUAAUUUAUUGAGGGCUGUUUUUAUUUUUGCAGUUUUCUGUUGUAAAAAACAGGUGUUAAAUGAAUUAAGAAGAAAAUAUGGAAUUAUGCGUCAGCCUCAUAUUAGAACUCCAAGCAUACCCAGAACUAGUUCUAGUCUUUUUGGUUCAACCCAAUGUCAAGAAUUACAUAAAAGUUCAAGUAAUGCCGUAUCUAGUCUAUAA